AUGCGGCGCAAUGUGGAGGCGGCCGGGGUUCACCUGGCGGACUGCACGCUGCUGUACUGCCGCCACGAACUCGCGGUUGAGGAGAAGAAGGCCGCCGGCGAGGAGGCGCGGGGGCACUGCACGGUCAAGGCGACGGGGACCUCCCAAAGCGCCGGAACCACCGCGAGGCAACUAGCCUCCCCGUACGUCCGUGUUGACGGAGAGCUGAUUUCCGCGAACAUCGCCAUGUCUAGCCUGCUCCGCGCCGAGGCGGAACGCAAGGAGCGUUUGGCCUUAAAGGAGCAGCAAGAAAAGGAGCGAGCUGCCUUGUGUGUGCUUCACGACGGGAUGCGCGAGACGAUCAUUGACCAGUGGAUACUUGGAAUAGAAAAACUAGUGCUUGAGGAAAAGAGGGGGCGGCGAAGAGCGGAGUGUCAGGGGCGGUUCCGCCGGACCUCGGAGUGGCGAGACUUUUUGGCAGAGCAGCACCUGGCGGAUGAAGUGCGGCUGUGGGCGGAAGAGGAACAGCAGAUGGCACGCGACCGAGAAGAAGGCAGGGCGGCACACCGUCAGCAAGCCGCGCUGACACGAAAGUGA